AAGAAAGACAAAAAAGAGAGUAGUUGCGAAUUUUUGGGGGAGAAAUCUUUGUUACAUAUAUACAAACAAGCGCGCCGACUCUCUUUGAAUUCUCUCUGGUCUCCAUCCAUAUUAUGAUAUUAAUCAAGAAUGAAGGGUAAGUAAUAAAUAUUAUUAGGAGCUUUGCUUAGGCUUGGCUUUGCUUUGCUUGUCAACAACUCAGACUGAGAGUCACUCACCAUAUUCUCACAUACGUUACUCUUCUCUCUUUGGGCCUGCAUCUGCCUUUGCCUCUGCAUCUUUGCCUCUGCCUUUGCCUCUGCAUCUGCCUCUGCAUCUUUGCCUGUGCAUCUGCCUGUGCAUCUUUGCCUGUGCAUCUGCCUCUGCCUCUGCCUCUGCCUUUGCCUUUGCCUCUGCCUCUGCCUGCAGAUAUAUCGAUCGGAUCGACAGCGGUGUAGAAACAAACAACAACAUCAGCAGCUUCAUCAAAUCUUCCUUCUUCUUCAGUUGUGUCGUCGGCUUCUCCAAGUCCAAGUAGUUUUAUCAGCAGCAACAAGUCCACCAUGAAUCGGAAACCCACAUGCCUCUUAUCCGUCCGCGACGAUAUAGAAGAGAGGAUGAAGAUGCUGGCAUCUCACACAGCUCAACAAGACACUGGAGACACCUUCGCUGAACGAGCCGACGCUUACUACAAACGACGCCCUCAGCUGCUCUCUCUGCUUCAAGACUUAUACAAAGCCUACGUCACUUUAUCUGACCGUUAUAUUCAUACAAUUGCCAAAACCAAUCAUCGCCGUGGACACUCCUCCCAAACCUCAAUCAUUGAUAAUGACUGCUACGACGACUGUCAUGACCAACAAGAUGCCGAUGGUGAUACAUUAAGCCAGAUGGAUUCGGACGUGGGCAGUUCCCUCUCCUAUCAGCCACAAUUAUCUCUUGCUGCUGCCCGGGAUGAUAACAUGGUGUUGGAUUUGGAUGCAAUUGUUGCGGAGGUUGUGAUGAAGAAUGUGGAAUGCGAUAUCUUACUUGAUGAGGCCAGCACCAUGGGGAGGCGAUGCAAUGAGUCAUCAAGGAAGAUGAAGUUGCAGAAGAGCUUGCUGGAGGUGCUGGAGUCCGAAAGGCUUAUACUACUGAAUGAGAAUGCUAAGUUGGGGUACAAAGUGGGUGCAUUGGUGGAAGAGAACAAAGCCAUCGCGUCCGAGUCCAUGUUCAUUAGGAGGAAGGCUGGAGAGCUGGCUAGGUGUUUGCUGAAGGUGAGGGAGGAUCAGAGGGUGUGCAUGCUUAGCCGUAAAAUCGAGGACCUGCAGGGCCAGAUCUAUGGGUUGGAGAAGAGGAACAAGGAGUACUAUGAGCAACUUGUGAAGAGAGACCAAUGGUCCUCUCAACUUGUACAAGAAGAGAGUAGGAGCAUAAACAACAAAAGCAAGUAUAACGGGAAUGAAGUGAAUUUGGAGGUUUGUUUCCAAAUAGGGAAGAUCAAUCGGAGGCUGAAGAGAGGUAAUAGCAAUGUGAAGGAUUUUGGCACUGCGAGUGGGAAGAAGGGUUGGAGUUGGUGGGGAAAGGUCAAGAACAUGGACUUGUUUCUAUGCGGACAUAAUUCAAGCUCUACUUGACCUCAAUGGUGUCUGUCUGUUUAAUUACAAACUAAACUUACGUUAAUGGUGGUCAGUCUGUUUAUUUUUCGUUUAACGUCCUGUAGAGUCAACACUGUCAUGAACCUGCUGACUCCACGGUGAUUCUGCCUUAUAUUAGUUUCAUGAUCCAGUAGAAUUUGAGGCUCAAAUUGGCUGAAACCUACUAUUUAAAUCAAGCGUGUCACGAAAUUUGCGUU